GAAGCCACUGCCAUGUUGGAAGUCUGACAAAAAUGCUGUGAGGAAGCUCAGGCUGGUCAUGUGAAGAAAGAGUGACUGCUGGCCAGAGAAGUGCUAUUGCAGUUGUCCCGCUUGCUGAGCUAGACAUGUGUGUUACCAUGGAUAACCCCGCCUGGCCAAGACAUUUGAUAAUUUCAGUCUUAAGUGCUUUCUGACUAUAAUUGCGUGGAAAACUCCAAGGGAUAGCUGCCCAGCUGAGCCCAUUCACAGAAAUAGGAGAACUAAUAAUUCAUGGUAAUAAGUCAUAGAGUUUCUGGGUGGUUUGUUAUCCACACUAGAUACUCAAAAACAAGCUUGUUGUGAAGAAGAAGGGAGAUAAUGUGUUAAAUUCCUCAUACGAAGGAGGGGAAAAUGAGUUUAUGGUUGAAUGAUCACCCAAGGUUCUGUUGUAACUAAGCACAGAAUCAGAAACCAAAAGGAUGCGCUGUGUACUUCCAUGUCUGAGCUGUUGCAUUGUGAUGAACCACUAAAGGUAAUGAGCGCUUGAAGUUGAGAUGAAUAACAUAUUUGGGGGGAUCUUUGACAUACAAUACCUCCACAGCAUGUGUUCCAAAGAACUGCCUUAAAAGAUUAAAGGUUGAACAAAACUUAAAAGAAGCAGCGAUUCUAUUCACUUGUUAUUGGACUUGAAACUCCUUUGACCUCGGAAACUGAAAAUGAGGUUGCCAUGGGAACUGCUGGUACUGCAAUCAUUCAUGUUGUGCCUUGCAGAUGACUACACACUGCAUGGCCCUGUUUUUAUUCAAGAACCAAGUCAUGUAAUGUUCCCUUUGAAUUCUGAGGAGAAAAAGGUGAAGCUCAACUGUGAAGUUAAAGGGAAUCCAAAACCGCAUAUCAGGUGGAAAUUAAAUGGAACCGAUGUUGACACUGGUGUGGAUUUCCGCUACAGUGUUGUUGAAGGCAGCUUGUUGAUCAAUAACCCCAAUAAAACCCAGGAUGCUGGAAUGUACCAGUGCAUAGCAACAAACUCAUUUGGAACAAUUGUUAGCAGAGAAGCAAAGCUUCGGUUUGCUUAUCUUGAAAACUUCAAAACAAGAACAAGAAGCACUGUGUCUGUCCGUCAGGGUCAGGGGAUGGUACUACUAUGUGGCCCACCGGCCCAUUCAGGAGAGCUGAGCUAUGCCUGGAUCUUCAAUGAAUACCCUUCUUACCAGGAUAAUCGCCGGUUCGUUUCUCAAGAGACUGGGAAUCUAUAUAUUGCCAAAGUAGAAAAGUCUGAUGUUGGAAAUUACACCUGCGUGGUUACAAAUACAGUGACAAACCAUAAGGUCCUGGGGCCACCCACACCACUAAUACUGAGAAAUGAUGGGGUGAUGGGUGAAUAUGAGCCAAAAAUAGAAGUGCACUUCCCAGAAACGGUGCCGACUGCCAAAGGAACAACAGUGAAGCUGGAAUGCUUUGCCUUAGGAAAUCCAGUACCAACUAUUAUCUGGAGAAGAGCUGAUGGAAAGCCUAUAGCAAGGAAAGCCAGAAGACACAAGUCAAAUGGAAUUCUUGAAAUCCCCAAUUUUCAGCAGGAAGAUGCUGGUUUAUAUGAAUGUGUGGCUGAAAAUUCAAGAGGGAAAAAUGUAGCAAGGGGACAGUUGACUUUUUAUGCUCAACCAAAUUGGAUUCAAAAAAUAAAUGAUAUACAUGUGGCCAUAGAAGAAAAUGUCUUUUGGGAAUGUAAAGCAAAUGGAAGGCCCAAACCUACAUACAGGUGGCUAAAAAAUGGUGAACCACUCUUAACUCGGGAUAGAAUUCAAAUUGAGCAAGGAAUGCUCAACAUCACAAUAGUGAACCUCUCAGAUGCUGGCAUGUAUCAGUGCGUGGCAGAGAAUAAACAUGGAGUUAUCUUUUCCAGUGCAGAGCUUAGUGUUAUAGCUGUGGGUCCAGAUUUUUCAAGAACCCUCUUAAAAAGAGUAACUCUUGUCAAAGUGGGAGGUGAAGUUGUCAUUGAGUGUAAGCCAAAAGCUUCUCCUAAACCUGUCUACACCUGGAAGAAAGGAAGGGACAUAUUAAGAGAAAAUGAAAGAAUUACCAUUUCUGAAGAUGGAAGCCUCAGAAUUGUCAAUGUGACAAAGUCAGAUGCUGGAAGUUAUACCUGUAUAGCUACUAACCAUUUUGGAACUGCUAGCAGUACUGGAAACUUGGUAGUAAAAGAUCCAACAAGGGUGAUGGUACCCCCUUCCAGCAUGGAUGUCACUGUUGGAGAAAGUAUUGUUCUCCCAUGCCAGGUAACACAUGAUCACUCGCUAGACAUCGUGUUUACUUGGUCAUUUAAUGGACACCUGAUAGAUUUUGACAAAGAUGGGGACCACUUUGAAAGAGUCGGAGGGCAGGAUUCAGCUGGUGAUUUGAUGAUCCGAAACAUCCAACUGAAGCAUGCUGGGAAAUACGUCUGCAUGGUCCAAACAAGUGUAGACAAGCUGUCUGCUGCUGCAGACCUGAUUGUAAGAGGCCCUCCAGGACCCCCAGAGGGUGUGACCAUAGAUGAAAUUACAGAUACUACCGCUCAGCUCUCCUGGAGACCCGGACCUGACAACCACAGCCCCAUCACCAUGUAUGUUAUUCAAGCCAGGACUCCGUUCUCCGUGGGCUGGCAAGCAGUCAAUACAGUCCCAGAACUGAUUGAUGGGAAGACAUUCACAGCGACCGUUGUGGGUUUGAACCCGUGGGUUGAGUAUGAAUUUCGCACAGUUGCUGCCAACGUGAUUGGGAUUGGGGAACCCAGCCGGCCCUCAGAGAAAAGGAGGACAGAAGAGGCUCUCCCCGAAGUGACCCCAGCUAACGUCAGUGGUGGUGGAGGCAGCAAAUCUGAACUGGUUAUAACUUGGGAGACGGUCCCUGAGGAAUUACAGAAUGGCAGAGGCUUUGGCUAUGUGGUGGCCUUCCGGCCCUAUGGCAAAAUGAUCUGGAUGCUGACAGUGCUGGCAUCAGCUGAUGCUUCCAGAUAUGUGUUCAGGAAUGAGAGCGUGCGCCCCUUCUCUCCCUUUGAGGUUAAAGUGGGCGUCUUCAACAAUAAAGGAGAAGGCCCAUUCAGUCCUACCACAGUAGUCUAUUCUGCAGAAGAAGAACCCACCAAACCACCAGCCAGCAUCUUUGCCAGAAGUCUGUCUGCCACAGAUAUCGAAGUUUUCUGGGCCUCCCCCAUGGAGAAGAAUAGAGGACGGAUACAAGGCUAUGAGGUUAAAUACUGGAGACAUGAUGACAAGGAAGAAAAUGCUAGAAAAAUACGAACAAUUGGAAAUCAGACAUCAACAAAAAUCACCAAUUUAAAAGGCAGCGCGCUGUAUCAUUUAGCUGUCAAGGCAUAUAAUACUGCGGGGACAGGCCCGUCCAGUGCAACGGUCAAUGUGACAACCAGAAAGCCACCACCAAGUCAACCCCCCGGAAACAUCAUAUGGAAUUCAUCGGACUCCAAAAUUAUCCUGAAUUGGGAUCAAGUGAAGGCCCUAGAUAAUGAGUCGGAAGUAAAAGGAUACAAAGUCUUGUACAGAUGGAACAGACAAAGCAGCACAUCUGUCAUUGAGACAAAUAAAACAUCAGUGGAGCUUUCUUUGCCUUUUGAUGAAGAUUAUAUAAUAGAAAUAAAGCCAUUCAGUGACGGAGGAGAUGGCAGCAGCAGUGAACAAAUUCGAAUUCCAAAGAUAUCAAAUGCCUAUGCAAGAGGAGCCGGGCCUUCCACUUCAAAUGCAUGUACGCUGUCAGCCAUCAGCACGAUCAUGAUUUCCCUCACAGCCAGGUCCAGUUUAUGACAAAAGUUAUCUAAAGGACUUGCUGUUUAUAAUAUAAGCAACAUUUAGCUAGUUGUUUUGAAGACACCCAGUACUAAGUAAUAUUGUUGUUCAAGUACAUCUUAUUACUGGAAAAAAAAUGUUUUUUGCUUCUUUAGGAAUGGCAUUAUACAGUACUUCCUCAAAGCAAAUCUAGCUUUGUCUGAAGUUUCUUUGGAAACUCUGCAAUGCACUGAAGACAUCUGUAAUAUGAUGUUACCAAAGCAGUUUACAUAUGUCCUUAUAUGCAUAUUUUUAUUAUAUAUUUAGUGUUUUAUAGAAUUUUUUAAAGUUAACAUGAAAUGUAGAUAUUAAUUUUUUCCUCUGCUGUAAAAUGCUAUGGGCAACACAAUCAUACAAUUAUUAUUUGAGACUAUUUCCUUUAGAGAAAGAGUUUGAAACUCAUCUUGGUAAAUAAAGUACAAGUUACUUGUACAGUUUUACAAGGAUUUAGUGGCAGAACCACUGAAGAUUUGGUCUGCAACUCAAGGCUACUGUAUGUAAAUGACCCACUGGAUGAUUAAUGCAUUGAAUCAAGUCCUUUUGACAUGUACAAUAUAUUUUCCCACCCUGUUGUGAAUUUUGUUGUUCAACACAACUCAAGAUGGUUUCAGGAAUGGCUGCAAACUCAAAACCUAAACUAACUGCCCAAGAGGUACCUUGUGCAAUAUUCCCAUCCCUGAAAUUAGCAUUGUACAGUAAGACUUUCUUUUCAUUCAACUAAGUUAGCAUCGUCUUUGUAGUAGCAUUAUCUUAGACAUUAAAUUUCAAGUUACAUAUCCAGUAGUAACAUAGACCAAAAGUGACUAUAGUCAACCGAGUCUUUCAAAGGCUAAAAGAUAAUUUUACUAUCUUUAAGUGUAUCUGUCUUGAAUGUACAUUUUUAAACAGGUAAUUCUCUGUUGAUAGAUUCAUAAUUUCUUUAUAUAUGUGUAUGUCUUUAAUAAUAGAACCCUUCUUUUGACUCAAAAUCAUGUAUGGAAUUUGGCAAAUUUCUCCUAUUUCAGCAAAUAGUUGCCGUGAAGAAUUUUUUCAUGACACUAUAAAAGCUCUUUAGUAUAACUGUAUGUUAUCUUGAUGAUUAUCCUGUUUUACAGUAGGUAGCUUAGUUGCUUUAUAAGCUUUACCUUCUAAGUCUUAAAAUGACACAUUGGAAAAUGACAAUAUCAGAAAAACAUAUUCUUAUGAAAAGAACUAUUUGUUAUAAUGGGGGAGGUUUUGUAAGCUGACACUUGUGGAACAGUGCAUAUAAAAGGCAAUGAAAUUUUCUAUAAAAAUUUUCACAUGUAACACUCUGCCACCUUUUCUUCUUUCUCAGAGAGCUCAAAUUUGCCUGUAAUUUGUCAUUUUUGCUUAAAAAUAAUAUAAGUUAACUUUUCAACCUUCUAGCUAUAUUUAUCCAAUAAAGUCAUAAUCAGGAUUCCACUUGUGUAAAAACUAGGGCGGUAACCAGAAAAAAUAUUGUCAGUAUUUCAAGCUGUGUUCCUUUCUUAGUUUGAUAUGGUUACUUCUAUGUUAAAAUAAAACAGAACUUAAAAUUACACACACAAAAAAAAUCAACAAAACAAUAAAAUGAAUGGAAAAAAAUGACACCCCAGGUAGUCCCCAACCCCAGUGUAAAUGAUAUUUACCAGUGAUCUAGCAUAUGUAAUCUUUUUUUAAAGGUAUUGUUAAUAAAUAUUCUGUCAUUUGUAAAGAUA